UCCGGUUCCGUCCGUGUGGUAGUUAUAUCUUUGCAGUUUCAGAGAAAAUUCAUUGCGGAGCCUGGCUGUUUAUAAUAACUGUUAAAUUUCUUAGGCAUGGCUGGGAAUGCAACGAAAGCUCCGAUUUUACGAGUCGCUACCAAACGUGGCAUUGCUACACAAACAGCAGCAAAAAGGAGUCAGAAUGUACCACGCAGUACAGAAGCAAAAACAGCUGUGCUCUCAAAUAAGCUUGUAGUCUCAUCUGUGGAUAACGGUUCACCUGUUUCUACAGUCUCUGUGCUAUUCAGGGCUGGAUCACGUUAUGAGCAAGCAGACUCUCUGGGAACCACACAUGUGUUGCGAAUUGCAGCAGGACUUACCACCAAGAAUUCUACACAGUUUGCUAUAAUGCGUAACCUACAGCAGAUUGGAGCAACCCUGAGUUGCCAGACUGACCGAGAGACCAUUGCCUAUACUCUCCAAAGCACCAGUGACAGUUUGGAAACUGGUCUGAAGUUCCUUGGUGAUGUUGCUUCUAAGCAAGUAUUCAAGCCAUGGGAAAUAUCUGACAACAUUCCACGCCUGAAGUAUGAACUGGCUGGCCUUUCACCAUAUGCACUGUUGCUGGACUUGCUGCAUAGAGCAGCCUAUAGAACUGGGCUUGGAAAUUCACUCUUCUGCCCUGAUUAUCUUGUUGGUAGUCACAGCACAGAGUCACUGCAGCAUUAUGUGCAGAGUCGUUUCACAACGAACCGUGCAGCUGUGGUUGGUGUGGGUGUGGACCAUGGUGAUUUGCUUUGCUUUGCACAAAAUCUUGACCUGGAAAGUGGUGCUGGUCCCAGUGAUUCUGCAGCCAAGUACAGCGGAGGAGAUGUAAGACAGGACACAGCAGACAGCCUAGCCCAUGUGGCAGUAGCAGUGGAGGGUGCAAGCCUGAAGAACACAAAGGAAGCUCUUGCUUUUGCAGUACUGCAGUAUGCAUUGGGAGUGGGCCCAUAUGUUAAAUGGGGUUCAAGUGCUUCCCCCUUAACCCGUGCAGUGGGUUCAGCUGUUGGAAAUAAUCCAUUUGCUGUAACAGCCUUUAAUGCCAGCUACACUGAUUCUGGACUGUUUGGUUUUGUAGCUUCUAGUCCAGGAAAUGUUGCAGGAACGGUAGUCGAUGCUGCAGUGAAACAGUUGCGAAGUGGCACGCUGUCUUCCACUGAUGUAGCACAUGGCAGGGCUCAGCUAAAAGCAGCCAUUUUAUAUAACCAGGAAAGUAACUCUACACUGGCAGAAGAAAUUGGAACACAAGCUGUUUUACUUGGCAGUGUUCUUUCUGGUCCUGCUAUUAUUUCUGCUGUGAACAGUGUUACCGAUGCUGAAGUUAAUGCUGCUGCAAGCAAGGUGAAGUCAGGAAAACUGUCAGUUGCAGGAGUUGGUAACCUGACGCAUGUACCAUAUUCUGACGAACUGAAGUAGAGGAAUACUCUGGCAUAAUAACUUCUUCAGACUGUAUUAUUCUAAGUAGAGAACUGUAUAUAGAAAAGAAUGUGUUGAUUCUUGUAAAUUAUUACAUUAUGAUGAAAAUGUGUAUGUAAUUCUUUGAACACAUAAGGUGCCAGAACAAAAAAUAUUUACAAUUAAAAAGUGUCUUGAAUUUUGUCAA